AGUACCUUGAAUUGAAGACGUUUCUGGUGAGGUCAAUAACCUCGCGUAGCGCCCAACGAUUUCUCUUCCUCUUUCCAUCUCUGUUUCUUGGAAGAACCCAUCCACGCGCCCCAAACGCCGCCUCCUUGUUUCUUAUACACGACUUAAAAAGCCCUUUAUCUUUCUCGGUUAUCUCUUGAUUUCGCAGUUUUCUGUUCGUGGGUUACAAUACUCUUUUGAAUAUUCUAUUCUGGUUCUGUGAUUCGAGGGUUUGAACAAAAGGGGAAGCGUUUUUCAGGAAACAGAACAGGUUCUGAUUCUUCUAUGUCGACAUAUACCAUUCAGGGCCAACCUCUUGAAGCCACUGUUGUUGGAUGCACAAAAUUGAAAGAUACAGAAUGGAUAUCAAGGCAGGAUCCGUAUGUGUGCCUUGAAUAUGGGAGUACAAAGUUCCGCACCACCACUUGCACUGAUGGUGGAAGAAAUCCCACGUUUCAACAGAAAUUUGUGUUCUCUCUAAUUGAAGGGCUUAGAGAGAUUAAUGUUACAGUUUGGAACAGCAACACUGUUACUUAUGAUGACUUCAUUGGCACUGGAAAAAUCCAAUUAGCAAAAGUUCUAUCAGAAGGGUAUGAUGAUAGCUCCUGGUCACUUCAAACUAAAACUGGCAGACAUGCUGGGGAAGUACGUCUGAUUCUCCACUUUGCAAAUGCCAAAAGACCAUCAUCAAGUUUUGCGCCCUCAGCACCUCCAUUUCAAGCACCUGCUCCACCCCAAGUUCCCGUGUACACAACGAUGCCACCGACACACCCAACAGCCUACGCUCAUCCUACUCCUACACCAUAUGCAUCAUAUCAAUCUCCCUAUCCUUCUUACCCACCCAGCUCAGUAGCAUAUCAAACAUCCAUGUAUUCCUCCCCAUAUCCAUCUGGGUAUCCUCCCACAUCGUACCCGCCGCCUCCCUCGGCUUAUCCUCCCAAUCCUUACCCGCCACAUCCACAAGCCUCAUCCGUAUAUCCUCCAAGUCCUUACCAUGGACUUUAUCCACCACCACCGUAUUGAAAUCUCAAGGUUGGCUCUGAAUGAUCUUUCCAUAAGUUAAUGGGGUUUGCUUCGUUUGUUUGGAACUUGACUGUAAUGCAUUGAGGUUGCUGUUCUUUUUUCGUUUCUAUUCAAAUUCAGCAACAAUGAUGAACAAAUUUAAGUUCAAAGCCUAUCCAUGGAGUACUUGGAUUCUACAGAAAAGCUAGGCAGAUCGCAUUUCUUUUUUAGGUGUGUUUGUUUGUUUGUUUUUUGUUUCUAUUCAAAUUCAUCACAAUGAUCACGUUAUUUACUUGU